AUGCGUAGAAGCUCACGGGGUGUAUGCUAUCAGUUCCAGGAAAAUGGUCACUGCAAUUACGGUUCGGGUUGCAAGUUCUCUCACCCUGGCGGCUCACGACCGGUAUCAAGCAGAGGGAGGCAACUACAUCUUCUCCCGUACCAUCAGCGCAGAGCAGAGCAGGAUUUAGACGCAAUCUCGGCUUUUUUCACCCAGUAUCCAGACUUUCCCUAUGAUCUCAAGAGGAGCGUGGCGGAGGAGUUUUAUCGCAUGUGCGACUUCUUUGCUUGGGACAAGGACUGUGAGGAACGUAAACAAGCUCGUCGAAUAUUCAACGACGCCCUGGUCAUACGAUUUAAUGGCUUGUACGGUACCGAUGUCGCUGACAUCGAGAACUGGCAUAAGCUUUGUGUAGCCCUCUACAUUGAGCCAUUGCCUGACACUAUUCCUCACUGCAAGAAGAAGAUAAAGACGAUUCACGUCAAUCUUGUAGAUCUGGUGGACGUCUCGCGAGAUGCAGUCGAGCUCUUUCCUUCUCUCGAAGAGUUGAGGGAGUAUACUAUUGGUAGUGGAAAGUUUUUCCCAAAGAGAUCCGCCUAUGCUGGUGGGGUUCUGAAAUUCCUGCUACGCGAGAUCUUGUGA